AGGAAAAGGGAGGCAGCGCGAGAGAGCGAGGCAGAGUCCGAACCGACAGCCAGGAGCCCGCACGCACCUCACACCAUGAGAUGGCGACGCUCCCCGCGCCGCUCCGGGAGUGCCGGCCCCCGGGCCCCGCGCCCCGGCUCUGCCGCCCGCUCGCCGCCGCCGCUGCUGCCGCUGCUGCUGCUGUGGACCGCGGCCCUGGGGCCGGGGGCGGCCGCCGGCGACGAGGCGGCUCCCGCGGGGGCCUCGGUGUGCUACUCGUCCCCGCCCAGCGUGGGCUCGGUGCAGGAGCUGGCUCAGCGCGCCGCGGUGGUGAUCGAGGGAAAGGUGCACCCGCCGCGGCGGCAGCAGGGGGCACUCGACAGGAAGGCGGCGGCGGGCGAGGCAGGGGCGUGGGGAGGCGAGCGCGAGCCGCCAGCCGCCGGCCCGGGAGCGCUGGGGCCGCCCGCCCCGGACCCGCUGCCCACCGCCAACGGGACCGUGCCCUCCUGGCCCGGCGCCCCGGCGCCCGGCGCGGGCGAGCCCGGAGACGAGGAGGCGCCCUAUCUGGUGAAGGUGCACCAGGUGUGGGCGGUGAAAGCCGGGGGCUUGAAGAAGGACUCGUUGCUCACCGUGCGCCUGGGGGCCUGGGGCCACCCCGCUUUCCCCUCCUGCGGGAGGCUCAAGGAGGACAGCAGGUACAUCUUCUUCAUGGAGCCUGAUGCCAACAGCAGCAGCCGCGCGCCGGCCGCCUUCCGAGCCUCUUUCCCCCCUCUCGAGACGGGCCGGAACCUCAAGAAGGAGGUCAGCCGGGUGCUGUGCAAGCGGUGCGCUUUGCCUCCCCGGUUGAAAGAGAUGAGAAGCCAGGAGUCUGUUGCAGGCUCUAAACUAGUGCUUCGGUGUGAGACCAGUUCCGAAUACUCCUCUCUCAAGUUCAAGUGGUUCAAGAAUGGGAACGAAUUAAACCGAAAGAACAAACCACAGAACAUCAAGAUACAAAAAAAGCCAGGGAAGUCAGAACUUCGCAUUAACAAAGCAUCACUGGCUGAUUCUGGAGAAUAUAUGUGCAGAGUGACCAGCAAAUUAGGAAAUGAUAGUGCCUCUGCCAAUAUCACCAUUGUGGAUUCAAAUGAGAUCAUCACUGGCAUGCCAGCCUCAACUGAAAGAGCAUAUGUGUCUUCAGAGUCUCCCAUUAGAAUAUCAGUAUCAACAGAAGGAGCAAAUACUUCUUCAUCUACAUCUACGUCAACAACCGGAACAAGCCAUCUUGUAAAGUGUGCAGAGAAGGAGAAAACUUUCUGUGUGAAUGGAGGCGAGUGCUUCAUGGUGAAAGACCUUUCAAACCCCUCAAGAUACUUGUGCAAGUGCCCAAAUGAGUUUACUGGUGAUCGCUGCCAAAACUACGUAAUGGCCAGCUUCUACAAAGCGGAGGAGCUCUACCAGAAGAGAGUGCUGACCAUCACCGGCAUCUGCAUCGCCCUGCUUGUGGUCGGCAUCAUGUGUGUGGUGGCAUACUGCAAAACCAAGAAACAACGGAAAAAGCUUCAUGACCGGCUUCGGCAGAGUCUUCGGUCUGAGCGAAACAACAUGGUGAACAUAGCAAACGGGCCUCACCACCCCAACCCACCCCCCGAGAACGUCCAGCUGGUGAAUCAAUACGUCUCUAAAAACGUCAUCUCUAGUGAGCAUAUUGUUGAGAGAGAAGCGGAGACAUCAUUCUCGACCAGUCACUAUACCUCUACAGCUCACCACUCCACCACUGUCACUCAGACUCCUAGUCACAGCUGGAGUAAUGGGCACACUGAAAGCAUCAUUUCGGAAAGCCACUCUGUAAUCAUGAUGUCAUCAGUAGAGAACAGUAGGCACAGCAGCCCCUCUGGGGGCCCAAGAGGACGACUUAAUGGCGUGGGAGGCCCUCGCGAGUGUAACAGCUUCCUCAGGCAUGCCAGAGAAACCCCUGACUCCUACCGAGACUCUCCUCAUAGUGAAAGGUAUGUGUCAGCAAUGACCACCCCGGCUCGUAUGUCACCUGUAGAUUUCCACACGCCAAGCUCCCCCAAAUCGCCCCCUUCGGAAAUGUCUCCACCUGUGUCCGGCACGACGGUAUCCAUGCCCUCCAUGGCAGUCAGCCCCUUCGUGGAAGAAGAAAGACCUCUGCUUCUCGUGACACCACCGAGGCUGCGGGAGAAGUACGACCGCCACCCCCCGCAGUUCACCUCCUACCACCAUAACCCCGCGCAUGAGAGCAACAGCCUGCCCCCUAGCCCCUUGAGGAUAGUGGAGGACGAGGAGUAUGAAACCACCCAGGAGUACGAGCCAGCUCAAGAGCCUGUUAAGAAACUCACCAGUAGCCGGCGGCCCAAAAGAACCAAGCCCAAUGGCCACAUUGCCAACAGGUUGGAAAUGGACAGCAACGCAAGUGCGGAAGGCACUCACUCAGAGAGUGAGACAGAAGAUGAGAGAGUAGGGGAAGAUACCCCCUUCCUGGGCAUUCAGAACCCCCUGGCCGCCAGUCUUGAGGCAGCACCUGCCUUCCGCCUGGCGGACAGCAGGACUAACCCAGCAGGCCGCUUCUCUCCGCAGGAAGAAUUGCAGGCCAGGCUGACGAGUGUAAUCGCUAACCAAGACCCUAUCGCUGUAUAAAACCUAAAUAAACACAUAGAUUCACCUGUAAAACUUUAUUUUAUAUAAUAAAGUAUUCCACCUUAAAUUAAACAAUUUAUUUUAUUUUAGCAGUUCUGCGAAUAGAAAACAGGAAAAAAAAACUUUUAUAAAUUAAAUAUAUGUAUGUAAAAAUGUGUUAUGUGCCAUAUGUAGCAAUUUUUUACAGUAUUUCAAAACGAGAAAGAUAUCAAUGGUGCCUUUAUGUUCUGUUACGUUGAGAGCAAGUUUUGUACAGUUACUGUGAUUGCUUUUCCACAGUAUUUCAGCAAAACCUCCCAUAUAUUCAGUUCUCGCUGGCUUCUUGUGCAUUGCGUUAUGAUGUUGACAGGAUGUACGAUUUGUGAGACUUGCAACUUCCCCUCCGUUUGCUUCUAGUAGCGCCCGAUCAGUGCGUCUUGUAAUGGCACAUCCAUCCAAAUACUCUUCUCUUUUGUACGAAGUUUUCUUUUGCUUUCGGUAUACGAAAUGAGUUGUGUCUACUCCGCCAGCCAAAGGUUUGCUUCACUGGGCUCUGAGAUAAUAGUAGAUCCAACAGCAUGCUACUAUUAAUUACAGCAGGAAACUGCAUUAAGUAAUGUUAAAUAUUAGGAAGAAAGUAAUCUUGUGCUUUUUUUAAAGCGAUAUUCUUCAUCAGAAGACAGCCGGCUCUCACUAGAAAAGAGCAGCCAUUUGCUUUCUUUUGGUUUCCUUUUCUUGACAAAGAGCAACAGUUUGGGGGAGAGCAUAGAACUCGGGCUCUGGCUUGCUAUCAGGGUACAUCCAUCACUUUAUAAGAGGACUCGCCUCACCUUCUGGGGGAAUGACACAACAGGUCAUCUAGCUGAAGAUCAAACCGUGGCUGGAAAAGGUGCAAUCGUUCCUGACUUGGGUUGUCCACCGAUUUUGGAGCCAGGGAUUGGUUGUGUCCUAACAGCUGGAGAAUAGACGUGUCAUGGCACAAGCAAACCAGCUGAAACAGCACACUCAGCAGUUGGUCUGCAAUGCUUCUGCAGUGAAAUGUGCCUGCUGUAUGUGGUGGUGAUUAGUCACCAUAGGCAAUAUUUCUGUUGUAGUGUGUCUAGAAACAGGGAAUGUAUAGAAGGCGCAGGUGGAGAACGGCUGUGUGACAUGAUUGCAGUUUUAAACAGUUUUGUUGACCGCUCCCUUCUCCUCAUGAUUUUUCUCUUGUUUCUCGAUGUUGCCUUGAUUAGGUCACAACUAUGCAUGAACAUUUUUGUCAGGAAUGGCCAAUGUGCAUGUGAUUUGUGAUUAGCGAGAACCUUCCACGAGCGAUGAUUCAUCAGGAAAUGUUGGUAGUGUUGAAAAGAUCGCACCUUUCCUUGCAGAAGUGACCCCCGCCUGUGUACUGACCUCUCCAUCUGCAGCCCUUAUCAUCCACCCCCUGCCCCACUUCUUACUUUCUGCUUUAAUGUCACAAAACAGGAUGAAGAUGGGUCUGAACUUUGCAUGUUCUCUGUGAUUGUAAGUCCAAAGAAGGCCUAGAGGUGUUACCAUUGGAGAUAACUGCUGAUUCAGGAAAACAAGGCAAUUAAAAAAAAAAAAAAAAAAAAAAAAACAACGCAGACCCCAUUUCAUGCCCUGCCAGAUAUCUGUCAAAGCUGGCCAGAGCUCUACUUAGAUUCCCAGUGACCUCCUAGGAUCCAUGGGACAAAAUGGGAAGCAGGUUGGCAGGGGGUUCAGAAUACCAGGCGUGAAGUCAGCAAAAGCAACGGCUCCUUGUUUGCAGGUGAACUGAAUUUAGUUCAUCAAAUUUCUAUAUGAACAUUAACGAGGAGACGUGACAGGCAAGGAGGUCUUGGGGAAACGUGGGCUGGGCAUGAGUCAUGUCAUUAAGCUCCUUACAUGUUUCUGCAACCCACAGAGGUGUCUGUCUGCGGGUCCUGGCAGUUACUUUUAGUAUUUGGUAUCCUAACCUGUCCUUCCUUAUUCACAAGCCGCUUUCUCUGUGCUCAGCAGUGUCCUCACUGCUCCUGUCAGGCUGCACAAGUCGCUCUGAUUGCCCAGUUCUGUAGAAACGAGUAAGCUCAUGGCAGGGGAAGAAGACAGUCGACCCAAAGAGCUUCUCUAACUUAUGCCAAUAUUGCCUUUGAAGGCCUUGCCUCAUCCAGAGGCUAUGUCAGUCAAUAAAGAAAUUUCUACCGUGAAUUCAAAGUCCAAAAUCUCUGUUUCAGAAAUCUUCAGGCAUUGGAGUACCCAAAGGCCCCAUGGUGGAGAAUUCCAGGAAUAAAUCGAAUCUCCUGUUGAGAGCAAUGAACAUAUUCCCCAGUGUGAAGAUAGCUCUAAAUGUUUCAGGCCACACAUACAUACGAACAGUUAGGACAAGAGGAAAUUUUAUUUCUGACUUGAUUCCGGUCACUCAGAGAGGUGGCAUGUUAGCUGGGACAGCCUUUCCAUCUAUAGGACCAGAGCUCCCCCUGAGAAGAAAGGACGGCUGGUUCCUCAGGGCUGUGCGUUGCAACCACGAGCUUUGUGUUCGCAAGGACUCCUCUGUGGUAGUUACCACAUCGCUCUCAACCAGCUCUGUCCAUAAACUCAGACAGUGCAGUGGCAAUGCAAAGAAGGAGCGUGAACCGAUAUUCCCAGCAUGUGGCAAGUUUUCGUGGCUUUUCAGGUGGGGGAGGCCACCUGGGAGUUUGACAGCAGCUUUGUCUCCCCGGGUCUGACGUCAUAUCCCAUGAGGGGUAGCGCAGCGGACGCAAAACUUCUUUCCGUCACCCAAGAUUCCUUUCCCGGCCUACUCUCCCUUCUUGGCUGGUAUGACCUUUUUAUUUUCCCCCCAAGAUUGCCUGGAUGGCCUCAUGCUGUCUACAAAAUGGCACUCUGCCUGAGUAUAUGUGAAUGUGUCCCAGACACCGACAUACCAUAUCUUCCGUGUUUUGGUGCGACUGUCGUGAUGUAGAUGGAGUUUAUCCAGGGUAACUAGCUCAUAACUUUUUUUUUU